AUGGCGUCGAGAAAGACCGAUAAUCCUCAAUACGACGAUGGUGCCAGUCCCGGGAAAAUCUUCAUCGGAGGGUUAGCCAAAGAUACAACCCUAGAAACGUUCGUGAAAUACUUUGAAAGAUAUGGAGAGAUAACAGAUUCUGUUAUCAUGAAGGAUCGACAUACUGGUCGACCCAGAGGGUUUGGGUUCAUUACUUAUGCGGAUCCUUCUGUUGUUGAUUAA